AUGGCCGAGAAGCCCGCCGUCCUCAUCAUUGGCGGCCUGGGUUAUAUUGGACGUUUCCUGGCGCUACAUAUUCAGAAGAACAAUUUGGCGUCUGAAGUCCGGAUCGUGGACAAGGUGUUACCGCAGUUAGCAUGGCUGGCACCAGAGUUCGAGGAAGCCUGCUCUAGGGACAAAUUCAUGCAGGCAGAUGCCAGUAAGGAGCAGAGCCUGCCCCGCAUCUUCGACCGCUCCAAUGGCAAGGAGUGGGACUUCGUAUUCAACUGCGGCGGGGAGACAAGAUAUUCACAAGAGGACGAAGUCUACAAGGUCCGCUCCCUGGCCCUGAGUGUAGCUGCAGGCAAAGAAGCUGCAAAGCGGGGUGUGAAGGCAUUCGUGGAGUUAAGCACGGGAAUGGUGUACAAGCCCGAUUCCCAGCCGAGCAAAGAGGGAGACAAGUUAAAGCCCUGGAGCAAGAUUGCCGUUGUCAAGUUACAGGCAGAGGAACAGCUGGCCAAGAUUGAGGGACUCAAUCUCAUCAUUGUCCGACUGGCUCAUGUCUAUGGCGACUAUGCUUCACAAUUCGUGUCCACUGCCCUGUGCCUGGCCCGUGUGUACCAGCACUUACACGAAGAAAUGAAGUGGCUGUGGACCAAGGAUCUCCGAGUGAACACUGUCCAUAUCACCGACGCAGCGCGAGCUCUCUGGGCCGUUGCAGACUGGUAUGCUGUUCAAAAGCAGGCCAAUUGGGAUGCCAAGGCCAUGGGCAAGAUCCCAAUAUUCAAUAUCGUCGACAAAGGGCAGACCUCUCAAGGCACCAUGGCGGAAAUCAUUGGAAAUCUAUUCGGAAUCGAGACUGGCUUCCAAGGACAGCUGAUCAGUACCUUUGCGCGGAUGAAUAUGGAUAGCGUGGUGGAUGACGUUAACGAUGAAGUUUUAGGACCUUGGGCAGAGCUGCUCGGAGAGGCUGGAAUCACCAGGCCUGGUCCCUUGACACCCUUCAUGGAGAAGGAGCUGUUGAAGGACACAGAUCUGAGUAUGGAUGGGAGUCGAUUAGAAAAGGUGGUGGGCUUCACAUACGAGAAGCCCAAGAUCACGGCAGAGCUAGUGCAGGACAUGAUUGACAGCUACACGAGAAUCGGGUGGUGGCCAGUGGCCAAGUAA